AUGAAGCUACGGAGCGAGCGCGAAGCUGCCGAAAAGGCGAAGCUGCGUGCCUUGAUCGCGGAAAUGUCAUCGCCGAUUGGCGCAGCCCUCGGCUUGAACGCUGCGACGCCGUCCUCUACUGCGGACCUCCCGGGCAAUAAAGCUACCGGACAGUUGGUUCUGGGCCCGAAAACGUCGUCCUUUGGUCGUGGCGCUGAGACGCCAAGCGGCCGGUCCGAGCGGAGUUACAAGAGUGAGGGGCUGCAGUUUGGCCCGCAGACUCCCCGUCCGCAGGCGCGCCUCUCCGUGACCGACGACUUGUUGCUGAAGGCGCUGGGCAAACUGGAAGACGACUGGUGGCUGCGCAGGCCGGGCGCGGAGGAAACCACCACGGGGGUCGACUCCUCCGGCAGCGGCAACAACAGCGACUCCCCGUCGACCAGCAAUAGUAACACGAGCAACAGUAACAACAGCAAGGAGAACUACAAGUCCCGCGCCGUUGGUCUGGGCAACAGCACGCCGCGCCCAAGCAGCUUGAUGCUCGAGCCGCUCACGAAGCACACGUCCAACAAGUGGCUGAACAAGUUCGCAGAUCCCGAAACGGGUAUCGCGCUCACCUUCAACUACAACAUGAACUUCCCGAGCCAAAACUACAACUACCCGAUCGAGCCCCCGAAAACGAGUUCGGAGAAGAAAAAGCGGCUCAAGCUGAUUAACCAGCAGAUGGCCCCGGAAAUCACCGAGGACGAGACGGAUCCCUUCAACCGCGAAGGUGCUUCGCGCGAACGGCUCUACCGCUAUCGUCUCGGCGGUUUCAGAAGAGGACUGUGA